AUGGCGAACCACAUCAGCAACGGCCGUACCAAUGGCGAUCAGAAGACAUAUAGUAUUCGGGACCUUCCCAAGACGAACACAUAUACUCAGAGCCUCCCGCCCGAUGCCGAGUUUCCCACUCCAGCAGCAUCCCACUCUGCAGAACGACAGAAGCUGGGCCCGCGACUGGUAAAGAACGCAGCAUACACCUUUGUUCGACCGCAGCCUUUCAAGAAGUCAGAACUCAUUGGCGUAUCGAAGAGAGCGUUAGAAGACCUCGGACUUGAUCCUUCGACGGUUGAUACAGAGGACUUUAAGCAGACGGUGUCUGGGGGGAAGAUUAUCACAUUGGAAGACGGCAAGGAACCCGGUGAAGAAGACAUAUACCCCUGGGCACAAUGUUAUGGCGGGUACCAAUUCGGGUCAUGGGCAGGGCAGCUUGGAGACGGACGGGCGAUAUCCCUGUUCGAAGCCAACAAUCCAUCGACUGGAAAGCGAUAUGAGAUACAGUUGAAGGGUGCUGGAAAGACGCCUUACUCUCGAUUUGCAGACGGCAAGGCAGUCGUGCGGAGCAGUAUCCGAGAAUUUGUUGUUAGUGAGGCUCUAAAUGCGCUUGGCAUCCCAACGACCAGAGCUCUGAGUCUGACCCUUGGACCCGAGGAGCACGUUCGAAGAGAGAUGACUGAGCCGGCCGCCAUGGUAGCACGGUUUGCGGAGUCGUGGAUAAGAAUAGGUACUUUCGACCUCCCAAGAUCCAGAGGCGAUAGAGAUAUGAUUAGGAAGUUGGCCGAUUAUGUCGCGGAAGAAGUCUAUUCGGGCUGGGAAUCAUUGCCCGGAAAGGCUCCCUCUACCGAGGAAAAGGACGUCGUAGACUUGCCUCGCGGUGUGCCAAAAGACAAGAUUGAAGGCUCGGAUGAGUUUGAAGAGAACAGAUAUGCGCGACUCUACCGCGAGAUUGCACGACGGAAUGCUAGGAGUGUGGCCCAUUGGCAGGCUUACGCUUUCACCAACGGCGUCCUCAACUCCGACAAUACUUCGAUUUAUGGCCUAUCUAUCGACUUCGGUCCCUUCGCAUUUCUCGACAACUUCGACCCCAAUUACACGCCUAACCACGACGAUCACAUGCUCCGAUAUUCGUACAAGAAUCAGCCAAGCAUAAUCUGGUGGAAUCUCGUCCGUCUUGCUGAGGCCUUUGGGGAGCUGAUUGGCUCUGGCAGUUGGUGUGACGAAACUGAAUUCGUAGAGAAGGGAGUUCGGCAAGAAAAGGGGGAUGAGUUGAUCAAGCGCGCCGAGUCCAUCAUCGAAAAAGCCGGCGAGGAAUACAAGGCUGUCUUCAUGGCCGAGUACAAGCGCUUGAUGAACGCCCGGCUUGGUUUGAAACAGAUUAAGGAGUCCGACUUUAAGGAGCUGUAUUCAGAGCUCCUUGAUACCCUUGAGGCCUUGGAACUGGACUUUAAUCACACCUUCCGCAGGCUGAGCUAUAUCAAAACGGACGAGAUUGACACUGACGAGAAGCGUAAGGCUAUCGCCAGCCGCUUCUUCCAUCAUGAGGGCCUCAGCGGUCUCGCUGGCAGCGAGGACGACGCUCGAGCCCGCGUUGCUAGCUGGCUAGAGAAAUAUCGUGAAAGGGUACUCGAAGACUGGUCCGAGUCGAACGAUGAGGAACGCCUCACAGCAAUGAAGGCGGCGAACCCCAAGUUCGUCCCCAGGUCUUGGGUGUUGGAUGAGCUGAUUGAGCGUGUUGAGAAGAAGGGCGAGCGAGAGAUUCUCGACCGCGUAAUGGACAUGGCGCUGGCGCCUUUCAACGAGGAAUGGGGAUGGAACCGGGAAGAAGAGGAACGUUUCUGUGGUGACGUUCCCAAAUACCAGAGAGCUAUGCAAUGCUCUUGUAGUUCCUAG